ACCCACACCCUUAAGAUAUUCUAUAAAGAAAAUAUUUGUUUAAAGAGACAAAUUAUUUCGAGGAUAUUUUUUAUUUUAGCGCUUUCAUUUAAUCAACCAAAAUUUUGUCCAACAGCAGUUUGGAAUCCUUUUGGAAUUACUUUUACUAAUAAAACAAUUGUUGGACGGUAUACUUACACUCUUUUUAUCAAUACUAACAACACAAUUUAUACAGUUAAUCGAGACAAGACACAAAUCUUAAUGUGGAUUAACAAUAGCAUCAAUCCAAACAAAAUUAUUUCUGGUAAUUUCUUUGAUUCAGCAUCCAUUUUCGUUACAAAUAAUGGUGAUAUUUAUUAUGAUAAUGGUGAAAGGAAUGGUCGAGCCGAUAAAUGGAUAUUACAUACAAAUACUUUUGUUAAUGUCAUGAAUAUUGAUUCACCAUGUUAUGGUCUCUUUAUUGAUACUAAUGAUACUCUAUAUUGUUCAAUGUAUUCUCAACAUCAAGUUAUCAAAAGAUGGUUAAAUGAUAGUGAAAUGAUAUCAAUAACUGCAGCUGGAUCAGGCACUCAAGGAUCUGCUGCAAAUGAACUUUGGAAUCCUUUGGGAAUCUUUGUUGACAUAAACUUUGAUUUAUAUGUGGCAGAUUGUUUCAAUGAUCGAAUUCAACUAUUUGAAUCCGGAGAAUUAAAUGGAACAACAAUAGUUGGACAAGGAUCAUCAAAUAGUAUUAUUUCACUUUUAUGUCCAUCUGGAAUUGUACUAGAUGCUGAUAAAUAUCUUUUUAUUGUCGAUCGAAAUAAUCAUCGUAUAAUUAGAUCACGAUCAAAUGAUAUUCGAUGUAUAAUUGGAUGUGGUAGAGAAGGAUCACAAUCCUAUCAAUUAUCAAAUCCAAUAACUCUUAGUUUCGAUAGUUAUGGAAACAUAUUUAUUACUGAUGCACUUAAUAAUCGCAUUCAAAAAUUUGAUUUCAUAUUAAAUUCUUGUGAUAAUUCAUCCAUAGUUCAAUCAAUCUAUUCAUCCGUAUUAACAGAAAAACAUUCGACAUAUUCUCGCACUGGUUGUGAUCUUUCGAAGUAUUACUAUGAAGUCAUACAAGUGAGUGUCCAUGAAAGUCGCUCUUAUAGUCUCAGUAGCAAUAGUAGUGUCGAUAUAUAUGGCUACAUGUAUACCGAGAGUUUUUAUCCAUCCGAUCCAUUUACAAAUUUAAUUAUGCAAGAUGAUAACAGUUGCGGUAAACAUCAGUUUAAUAUGAGAACUUUACUAUGGUCUACCACUGCGAAUAUACUGGUUGUAACAACGUGUAGUCCAAAUGUAACAGGAAAAUUCUCAAUUAUUGUGUCUGGCAUCAAUAAUGUCACUUUUGAACGUCUAAGUGAGUGUCUAUAA